AUGCGGCUUCUCUCGGCUCCCCUAGGUGCUCCGGGCGAAAGCCCAAGAUUUUCGGAUCGGGUGGUGGCGGCGCUCUUGCGUCGUUCUCUUCUUGAAGACACCACCUUGGAGCUCACGGUGUGCGGCUCCCCGUCGGUUGGUCAGCGGAGGGCAAUAUGCACUUUAACCCUCCUCCUGUUUUCCGAUAGAGGAGCACCUGUGAUCGAUCGAUUGAGCCACUGCGCCGCCGCCUCGCUCGAUUCAGCGUCCCCGGACACCACUGCGCCGUCGCUGCUUCGCCUCACCCCGUUGUCUCGCUCGAUUCCACGGCCCGGGCCCUACUGCGCCGCCGCCGCCGCCGCAUCUUGCCUUUUUGGCUGCCUCGCGCCGCCACCUGCUCAGCCGCCGUCUGGGCACCUCAUGCGUCCUGGUCGAAGGGCCCUUCUUCUCCAACGUGCGGCUGACCCGUCCGUUAUCUUAUCGUCGCCUGUUUGGAUGAUUGAUGGUACUGGCGAAACAGAGCUGAGAGAAGAAUAUAUUACGAUGGUCAGUCAAAUAUUUGAUAGCGAAGAACAAGGUUACGAGCACUACAACAAAUAUGCGAAAGAGAAAGGGUUCAAUGUGAGAUUGGACUAGAAAGAGUAUGUGGCCGGGACGGUUUAUAUGCUCCAAAGAAGGUUACCGUUUGCAGAAGUAUUUUGAAGCAACUCAGCAAAAGAGGGAGAAAUGAAGUUUGGUUACAAUCUCUAUUUCCUGUAUGUACCGAGACCUGAAGUUUGGUUUUGCUGUGCCGGGCCUUGAAGUUUGGUUACAUGUUCUAUUUCCUGUAAGGAUUGUUUUGUUCUGUAAAGACAUUGCUUGUGUGCUACUGCGGCUGGUUCAAAAAUAUUGAGUGCAAGCGACCUUGUUGCUUUGUUGGUUUUGAUCAUAUUUGUAAUUCAAUUUAUGCAUGCAUGUUGACAACCGAAGUGGAUACAGAGACUGAAGCAAGGGUUUGCAAUUAUGAAAUAUCUAUGUGUAACCUUCAGACUAUGAUGAAUCUGAUUUUACCUAUAUAAUGAAA